AUGGAAGCCAGCAGCAGCUCUGGUCUAGGCACUGCCUGGUGAGUGUUAGACAUAGAAAUAGAAUCCCUAGAAUGGACUUGAUUUCCAUUCUAGUUAUUCUAUUUAUGGCAUUAGCUGUAUUGGGAGAUAAACAGUGUCUGGGAUUUUUUGUGAUAUUUGGGGGCAGAAACGAGCUGACGAGGGAAAAGUUUUGUUGACGUGUGGCUUGAUUAAACCAUAUUAUGAAGUAAAUGUGCGGUGAGUGGUUGAAAUUGAGAGCCCUCUUAUUGAACUGCGGUAAGUUGUAUGCAAUAAUAUUGCAAUGAUUUGACUGUUUUAUGCGGAAAGAGUUUAUUUGUUUAUUUGGAUCCCCAUUAGCUUUUGCAGAGACAGUAGAUCUUUUUCCUGGGGUCCACAAAAAACACAAAACAUGACAAGUAACAAAACACUGGUACACUGAUAGACAAGGACAGUCACACGAAGGUAUAUAGUGGGGUAAAAUUUGAAAGCCCUCGCUUAAUUUGCGGGAAAUUCUUGAUUUUGCAACCCCCAAAAAAAUAAGAGGAGGGACUAGAUAAGCCCUGGAUGUACCUCACUUUACUGUUACAGCAGGCGGCAGCCACUUACAGUAUCAUGCAAAGGUCAAAGAAAUACACUGGUAUGAAAUAUUGAAUACCUGAAGAACAUUACAUGGUGGAAAAAGGGAGUGUUAUCUUUCCAGUCUGAACCUAGAGAGGACAGUAACAGUAUAUUGAGAAGGUUUAAGGUAAUGAACGUGGAAGUGUUUGGCAGCUCUGGAGGUAUGGGGUUGUAUUGGCAUGUUUAUUGAGUCUACUCUCCAUUCCCUUUAUUGUAGUUUUUCCAAUGCCAGCCCACUAAGCCGGAUUAACACAGGCGUAUAUUUGCAAUUCAGCUAAAUGGAAAUUUCACAGGAUAUAUAUAUAUAUUGUGUGUGUGUGUGUGUGUGUGUGUGUUAUACACACAUAGGUGUGUAUCCAUCGUCUUCUGUAUGUGGUUACCUUUAUAACAUGAAUCCAAGUCAUACUACUGCCCCCUGCUGUAACAGUGUGUAAUCACAGGAGAUUAGACGCAGCAUACAACUAGAACACAGAUUGGGCUAAACUAACCACUUAUUCUGUUCUCUCUCCCCAGACUCUACAGACUGACAGAGGAGAAACAGUUACUCUGGACUUGUACAGGACUCAUCACAGGAACUACGCAUCUCUCUCUCUCCGAGGCCUGUCUCAUCAGUAGAUUCUCUUUAGAAGCCCCACAGUGAAGACACAGUGAUACCUUUGGACAAUUGAAGCAAGCACACACAUUUUCCUCAGGAAAAUGCUGCUAACUGAUGCUGACUCACAUGAUCAGCUGACACCAAUAGACGUGGUCCUUCCGUGAGGACUCGGCCACUAGAAAGUCUACAACUGAAGAUACGUGGAUUUGUCAUUUUCCUAUGGAGCAAUAAAGCCCAACUGCUAUGUUCAUUGUAUUACUGAGGGGAUUCCCAGGUUAUGGAGUUGUGUAGUGAGACCUUGAUGUCAGCAGUAGCACAGCAGACUCAAUGGAACUGCGCUGAGAUAGGGGAUGCACCAGUCUGCAUGGCUUAAACAGACCAUAAUAUAUCAAUGCAAUUAUCCCAAGUGCAUUUUUUUCAACAAUGUAAAAAAAUCUGAAUGUAUCUGUUAAUUUAGUUGGGAUUGAUCAGGUACACUUGACUUUUGCCCCUAAAAUAACUGACUGAGAAAACUGUAAACUGCAACUUUUGUUUUGGAGGACUACAACAGGAAGUUCAGCUCUGUAAAACUACAACCCCCAUUACCCACCAUGGUGUUGCCGCAGCCAGACAAGCGCCACGUGUGCCUGACCACCAUGGUGAUCAUGACCAGCAUGGCCUUUAUGGACGCCUACCUGGUAGAGCAGAACCAGGGGCCCAGGAAGGUAAGAGGCCUUAAACAUUUUUUUAUUAAGCUGUAGUCUGUGAUUCAAAAAAGAAUAAAACUAUACAUCAUUAAUUUAAAAGUCCGAAAAUAGAUGUACCAUUCGUAGACUGUAGCUUUGAAUUACAAAAUUAUUUAAAGUUGGCCUUUUAAUCAGUGAUUUUACUGUUUUGACAUCCUUUUUUUUUUUUUUUCAUCUCUUUCAUUGCCUUUCAAUUGUUUGCUUUUUAUUUAUUUCAAUAUAUUGUUUUACUGUAGAAACUGUUUUGCGAUUUUAAUGUUAGGUAAAUGAAGUAUGAUGUGUAUUUGUAGAUCGGGGUGUGCAUCAUCGUGCUGGUGGGAGACAUCUGUUUCCUCAUCGUGCUGCGCUACGUGGCGGUUUGGGUCGGGGCUGAGGUGAAGACCGCCCGUCGCGGCUACGCCAUGAUCCUCUGGUUCCUCUAUAUCUUUGUCCUGGAGAUCAAGCUCUACUUCGUCUUCCAGGUAGGGAGACGGCUGGGCCAGAAACCAGAGGGUCAUGAGUUCCAAUACCAGUGCCUACCGGGGAAAAUCUGGUGGGGAGUGGGCCGGUGUAAUAGGACUUUCCAGGUGAACAAAAAGGAGAGCAGUCAUUGAUGAAGUCAUUCAAAAUCAAUACGGUUUAAUUACAAGAAUUCAGGGAGACACCUCCAGAACAGAUGCAUAGAACAUUUCUAACUGGCCUCUUGGAGACCCUUAAUAUCCUAAUCAGACAGCACCAAGUGUACCUUAAACACCAGCCAGAGAGGCUUCUGGAAGUCCAAACAAAAGACAUUGACUGUCAGCUGCAAAAGAAUCACACAGUGUUUCACAUAAUAAAAUGAUUAUCAGUGUCCUCAGUCCUUGCACCUCCAGUCUGGCGUCAAUCACUAUCAGCAGAUAUUAGUUUAAUCCAUAACAUCUAGUCUAGUGACCAUCAACCCGAGUGUUACAAACAGAACGCUGGAAAUCAUGUGUAGUACAGAAAGGGAAGAUAUAGAAAUAUGCUAAACAUUGCAUUAAACACUCUAAACUGAAUAUUAACUUUAUUCAUCUUAAAUAUUGCCAUUACAGCCGGCAACUGGAGUGUUGCUGGCAUCAGUAUCCCAGAUACCAUCUCCUUUCGUUGUACCCUUGAGCAGGAUACUUCGCCCCUAAACUGCUCCAGGGACGCUGCACUGUGGCUAACCGUGGGGUGUGUAUGUGUGUGUAUUGGCUGGGGGGCGGGGAGGGGAUGCUGCAACCUGAUCUCAUAGUUUAAUGUCGGGACUUGACAGGGCUGGAUACUGACAGAGAUCCUGAAAAAGACACAUUUCAAUAUCUCUCUGACAAUUAACAACAAAGAAUGUCUUAUAUCUUCUAGAACUACAAGGCGGACAGGAAGAGCCUGGAGACAGUGGCCCGGAAGGCUCUAACCUUACUCCUCUCUGUGUGCGUCCCGGGGCUGUACCUGGUCCUUGUGGCUCUGGACAGCAUGGAGUACGUGAGAACCUUCCGGAAGAAGGAGGACAUGCGGGGGAGGCUGUUCUGGGUGGCCCUGGACUUGCUGGAUGUUCUGGACAUCCAGGCCAACCUGUGGGAGCCCCAGCGGACGGGCCUGCCCAUCUGGGCCGAGGGACUGAUGUUCUUCUACUGCUACAUCCUCCUCCUUAUCCUGCCCUGCGUAUCCCUCUCUGAGAUCAGUGUCCAGGGGGAACACGUCUCGCCUCAGAAGAUGAUGCUGUACCCUGUUCUUAGUCUCGUUACUAUAAACAUAGUGACUAUCUUGAUCCGCGGGGUCAACAUGGUGCUGUUCCAGGAUAGUAGGGUUUCCACAAUUUUCAUAGGGAAGAACGUGGUGGCCAUAGCCACGAAGGCCUGUACGUUUCUGGAGUACAGGAGGCAGGUGAAGGAGUUCCCUCCACAGGACCCUAGCAUGGCAGGUAUAGCAUUAGAGCUGCAGCAAGGGAACUCUGUGGGUCACAGCCACGGGCACAACCAGACCUUACCCAAUGCCACCACUAGCCUCCCCGAUGAACUCUCACCGACCGAGGUCAUAGACACAUGA